AUGACAUUGAUUAUUACACACACCCAAAAGCAAACGAUGAGUUUGCUACACACCUUGUCCUUGAAAAAAGACAAUGCUUUUGUUGAAACUGAUCGUGGUUUUUUUCAUGUUAACAAGAGUAACAAGAAGCUCAAUAUCUUGAAACCCAAAAAUAUUUAUGUCACAUUUGAAAAAGAAAAUUUAUAUGAAACAACAACAGAAAAAGUUGGGUGGACAAUGAAAGUGCUCGAAAUAUUUAUUAAAGAGAAACGUGUGAAUGAAGUACUGUUCUGGACAGUCCCAGGGCCUGAAGAAGAAAAUGAAAUUUUUAAAUUUCAAGAUGAAUUCAAAAAAUUUGCUGAAGUCUACAUUGUCGAACCAAAGGGGUAUAACUUAAGUUCAAUUAAAAUUGACUAUUUGAAUAAAAGAAUUCCUGAUAAAGAAAUCAGUUCUUUUGGAGAAUCAAAACGAGAAAUCGACUUACGUGUUGGAUUUGCAUUCACUCGGCUUUCGACAAGUUUACUUAGAACGCAGUUUUCAACACUUUUCAAACAAAAAUGCAUUCUUAGUUAUGGGCCGUGCCAAUUUCCAGUUUUGUUUUCGUGUUAUAAAGAUUUCACAAACGACGCAAAUGCUAUUCUUCAAAUCGUUAAUAAUGGUAUGACUUUUAAGUCUCCGCAAAUGACAAAAAAUGAAGCAAAGAAAUUUAUUGAAAAUUUCCACCAAGUACAAGUCACUCCAACACAUGAAACACAACAAAUUGUUGUUAAAUGGAAUAAUAUUUUGGAGAGUGAUUACACUUUAAUCAAAUACUAUGCAGAGUUUUACAAUACUAGUUUUUCCGUGGCUUCAAAAACAUACAGAGCCUUAUUUGAAAAUAGAUACAUACAAAACAGAGACGAAAGUAUUGAAAUGAUAAAUGAAGAGACACAUGACAGACGCAUGGAUUUUAAGCAAAGACAGAUGCUUAAAGUAAUUCGAGAGUUUGGUUCUGCAGUUCAUCAAGAUGCAAAUGUUAUUGUUCACUCUUAUUCCAUUACAGUCCAAAACGUCACUUUUGACUACAAGAAGUAUGAACUAAAAAGUACAAACAGUUGGUUAGAAAAUGUUGUAGAAGAGAAGGGACGGUACACCACAUUCGGCACAACAAAACAAUAUCUCCAAACAUUUGUAGUGCAAAAUAUUAAUAAAGAAAACAUCUCUGGAAUCAGUGAAUUUGAUAUUUUAAACAAUUUAGAAAACAAAAAGCUUGGAAAUGAAAAUAACUUGAUCAAAUACAUUGAGAAACUAAUUGAGCGAGACUUAUUAAGAAGAAUCAACGGCGGGUACAAAAUCAAAUUAACUCAACUUGGCAAAGCACUCUGUGAAGCAAUUAAAGAGAGCACCCCGUUACUCUCAGACAAGUCGACUUACAACAACUUGCUCACUUAA